AUGAGUUACAGUGGCUGGACCGUAGACGAAUGGAAAAACUUCCACUAUGAUUCCACUCCCGACAAAUCUUUAGAAUUAUUAGCGGAACUUGUGAAAUCCCAGAAAUCAGCUCCAGAAGACCCUGCCUGGAUAUCAUUGGUAGAUGAGGACCAUUUGAAGCAGCAGUGGAACAUCUUGCAGUCUAAAUCUAAGAAAUUGACUCUUCCACUUUAUGGUGUACCAAUCGCUAUUAAGGAUAACAUUGAUGUUCGAGGUUUUGAAACUACUGCAGCAUGCCCAUCUUUUGCAUAUGAACCUACGGAAGACGCCACUACUGUAGCAUUAUUAAAAAAUGCUGGUGCCAUCGUGAUUGGAAAAACGAAUUUAGAUCAGUUUGCUACUGGAUUGGUAGGUACAAGAUCCCCAUACGGCAUUACUCCUAAUACAUUUAACCCAGACUAUGUUAGUGGAGGCUCUUCAGCUGGAUCGGCAUCCGUUGUUGCAAGAGGUAUCGUUCCAAUUGCUUUGGGAACGGAUACCGCAGGUUCAGGAAGAGUACCAGCAGGUUUUAAUAAUUUAAUAGGCUUAAAGCCAACUAAAGGUGUAUUCUCUUGUAAAGGUGUUGUUCCCGCUUGCAGGUCUUUAGACUGUGUCUCAAUUUUUACAUUAAAUUUAAAGGACGCACUGACAGCUUUCAAGAUAAUGGCACAAGAGGACGAUGAUUAUGAAUAUUCUAGGGCAUUGCCUUCAAACCCCUUGUUGAAGUUUUCAAAGACACCAACAGUUGGAAUACCUAAGCAAUUGUUAUUUUUCGGAGAGAAACAAUACUCUAACUUAUACAAUGAAGCCGUUAAAGUUAUAGAAUCUGUUGGGUCAAAUGUUUCUUCAGUAGACAUCAAUCCGUUAUUGGAAUUAGCUAAAUGCUUAUACGAGGGACCUUGGGUCUCAGAACGCUACACUGCGGUUAAAGAUUUUCUCGCUACUAAUCCCCCUGCAAAAACCUUGGAUCCAACUGUUCUUGAUAUCAUUAAAGGUGGCGAGAAGCAUUCAGCAGCAACGGCAUUUGAUUACGAAUAUAAGAGACAAGCUAUUUUAAAAAAGGUUAAGAAAGCUUUGGAUGGUGUUGAUAUUGUUGUUGUCCCCACCGCUCCAUUAAUUCCUAAAAUAAACGAUGUGGUUACCAAGCCUGUGGAAAUCAAUUCUCUUCUCGGCACGUAUACAAACUUCGUCAAUUUGGCAGAUAUGUCAGCUUUGGCCAUUCCAGCGGGUUUUCGCCCCGAUGGUAUGCCAUUUGGUAUAACGUUAUUGUCUGCCAAAUUCAAUGACUAUGCUUUACUUGAAUUUGCAACCCGUUACAUGAAGAAUUACUCGGAGCAUGUCCCAAGAUUUUAUGGUGCUCUUAAAGAGCAUCAUGUAAGUACUCUUGGUGACUCUAUACUAGAUUUACCAAAACCAGAUGCAAACACACUGAUCAAGUUGGCGGUUGUAGGAGCUCAUUUGAAAGGUUUCCAAUUACACUGGCAAUUGGAAAAGUGCAAUGCCACUUUCUUAAGUGCCACUAGGACUGCUAAAAAGUAUAGGUUGUAUGCGUUGCCUAAGACUGGUCCCGUCGCCAAGCCAGGACUCAGAAGAGUGGAUAAAGGUGGCUCAAACAUAGCGAUCGAAAUAUAUUCUAUACCGAAAGAACGCUUUGGUGACUUCAUAGCCAUGGUCGUUGAACCUUUAGGAAUCGGAUCAGCCGAAACAGAGUCAGGAGAGUGGGUGAAGUCAUUUAUUUGCGAAGAAUCUGGUUACAAUUUGCCAGGUACUACUGAUAUUACUGAAUUCGGUGGAUGGAAAGCGUACCAUGAACACUUGGAUAAGAACAAGACUAAGAAACCAUUUAAUUCCGUCUUAGUUGCCAACAGAGGUGAAAUAGCGGUGAGAAUUAUAAAAACAUUGAAAAAGUUGAAUAUAAAAUCUAUUGCUAUAUAUUCCGAUCCUGACAAAUAUGCUAAACAUGUUUUAUUAGCAGAUUCGGCUAUUCCUUUACAUGGUGUAUCGGCUGCUGAAACAUAUAUUUCUAUUGAUAAAGUCAUUGACGCGGCAAAAAGCUCUGGCGCUGAGGCUAUCAUACCUGGUUAUGGGUUCUUGUCUGAAAAUGCUGACUUUUCUGAUCGUUGUGCUAAAGAAGGAAUUGUUUUUGUUGGCCCUUCUGGUGAUGCUAUCAGGAAAUUAGGUUUAAAACACUCUGCAAGAGAUAUUGCAAAAGCUGCUGGAGUUCCAUUAGUUCCAGGCUCUGAUCUUGUCAAAGAUUCGAAGGAAGCAAAAGAAAUCGCCGCAAAAUUGGAGUACCCUGUCAUGGUUAAAUCCACUGCUGGUGGAGGUGGAAUUGGUUUACAGAAAGUUGACUCUGAAGCAGAUAUUGAAAGAGUUUUCCAAACUGUGCAGCAUCAAGGUAAAUCGUACUUUGGAGAUCCAGGUGUCUUUUUGGAAAGGUUUGUUGAAGACGCAAGACAUGUUGAAAUCCAAAUGUUUGGAGAUGGAAGAGGAAAUGCAAUUGCCUUAGGUGAAAGAGAUUGUUCAUUGCAACGUCGUAAUCAAAAGAUCAUUGAAGAAACACCUGCACCAAAUUUACCUGAAGGUACAAGACAAAAAAUGAGAAAAGCUGCUGAAUCCUUAGGAGCAACUAUGAAGUAUAAAUGCGCUGGUACAGUUGAAUUUAUCUAUGACCAAAAGAGAGACGAAUUUUACUUUUUGGAAGUAAAUGCUAGAUUGCAAGUGGAGCAUCCAAUCACUGAGAUGGUAACCGGCUUGGAUUUAGUCGAGUGGAUGUUGUAUGUUGCUGCUGAUACUCCUCCAGACUUUAGUCAAAAGAUUGUGGUAACUGGUGCUUCUAUGGAGGCUAGGUUAUACGCCGAAAAUCCAGUAAAGGAUUUCAUGCCCUCUCCUGGCCAAUUGACUGAAGUGAAGUUCCCUGAAUGGGCCAGAAUUGAUGGCUGGGUUGAAAAAGGAACAGUUGUUUCAGCUGAAUACGAUCCAACCUUGGCCAAAAUAAUUGUUCAUGGAAAGGAUAGAAAUGAUGCAUUAAGAAAGUUGCGUCAAGCUUUGAAUGAGACUGUUGUUUUCGGUUGUAUUACAAACAUUGAUUAUUUGAGGUCAAUUGCGAACUCUUCUAUGUUUGAAGAGGCUAGAGUUGCAACUAAGGUAUUGGAUUCUUUCGACUACAAGCCGACUGCUUUUGAAAUAUUACACCCUGGUGCUUACACAACAGUGCAAGACUAUCCAGGUAGAAAAGGAUACUGGCACAUUGGUGUCCCUCCCUCAGGUUGUAUGGACGAAUAUUCUUUUAGAGUUGCCAAUAGAAUCGUCGGUAAUGACAAAGCUGCGCCAGGAAUUGAAAUUACCUUAAAUGGUCCCAAAAUUUUGUUCCAUCAUGAUGCUGUAAUUUCAGUUACGGGAGGUGAUGCACCUGUCGAUGUUAAUGGAAAGGAAGUCAAUCAAUGGGCACCUAUCAACAUCAAGAGAGGUGACAAAUUGACUAUAGGUAAAUUGACAGGUGGUUGCAGAUCUUAUUUAGCAAUUAGAGGUGGAAUCGAUGUUACCGAGUAUUUGGGAUCUAGAUCGACCUUUGCUUUGGGUAACUUGGGUGGAUAUAAUGGAAGAGUUUUGAAAUUAGGUGAUGUCUUGUUCUUAGGUCAACCUGAAAUUUCAAGCUGUACAUUACCUGCUCCAAUAUCUCAACCUCAAAGCGUUUCAAAGUCAUUGAUUCCAAGCUACUCAAAUAAAGAGUGGAAAGUUGGAGUAACAUGUGGCCCACAUGGUUCACCUGACUUCUUUAAACCAGAAUCGGUUGAGGAGUUCUUCUCAGAGACCUGGAAAGUACACUAUAACUCAAACAGAUUUGGUGUCAGGUUGAUUGGACCGAAGCCCAAAUGGGCAAGACCUGAUGGUGGAGAAGCAGGAUUGCAUCCCUCUAACGCUCAUGAUUACGUCUACUCCCUUGGUGCUAUCAACUUCACUGGUGAUGAGCCUGUCAUUUUAACAUGUGAUGGCCCAUCUCUUGGUGGAUUUGUUUGUGAGGCAGUUGUAGCAGAAGCUGAAAUGUGGAAAAUAGGUCAAGUUAAGCCGGGCGAUUCGAUUCAAUUUGUUCCAAUCAGCUACGCUGUAGCUAAGUCUUUGAAGAAGCAGCAAGAUGAGAUAAUUCAGGACUUACAAGGUGAAUUACCAAAUUUUGAAGGAAAGGCUAUCAAGCCUGAAAACCCAGUCUUAUAUCAAGGAAACAUUUCCGGUUCACUUAAAGUUACAUACCGUCAAGCAGGUGAUAGAUAUGUUUUAGUCGAAUACGGUAACAACGUUUUGGAUUUAAAUUUGAGUUACAGAAUCCAUAAAUUAAUCGAAAUGGUUGAAGAAAAUAAAACCACAGGUAUAGUCGAAAUGUCGCAAGGUGUAAGAUCAGUUUUGAUUGAAUAUGAUGAUACAGUCACACAAGAUCAAUUGUUGAACGUUCUCAUAUCUUAUGAGAAGGAAAUUUCCUUCGUCAAUAAGUGGGAAGUGAAAUCCAGGAUUAUCAGACUUCCAAUGGCUUUUGAAGAUAAGAAAACUUUGGAUGCAGUCAAGAGGUAUCAAGAAACCAUCAGAAGCGAUGCCCCAUGGCUUCCUAACAAUGUUGAUUUCAUUGCAAACAUUAACGGAAUAGAAAGGGAUGACGUGAAGAAUAUGGUUUACAGUGCCAGAUUCUUGGUCCUUGGAUUAGGGGAUGUUUUCUUGGGUGCACCUUGUGCUGUUCCAUUGGAUCCAAGACAUAGAUUCUUGGGAACCAAAUACAACCCUUCAAGAACUUUUACCCCCAACGGUACCGUGGGAAUUGGCGGUAAUUACAUGUGUAUCUAUACAAUGGAGUCUCCAGGUGGUUACCAAUUGGUUGGUAGAACAAUUCCAAUUUGGGAUAAGUUGACAUUGGGACAUCAUUCUGUCGUCCAUCCAUGGUUAUUAUCUCCAUUUGAUCAGGUUGAAUUUUACCCGGUUACCGAAGAAGUACUCGAUGAAUUUUCUGAAGAGAUGGAACAUGGUAAAUUCAAAGUAGAUAUUAUUGACUCUGUGUUUGAUCACACUCGUUACCUCGAAUGGAUACAAGAGAACUCUAAGUCUAUCGAAGACUUCCGUAAGAAUCAAGGAGGUGAAAAGUUGGAGGAGUUUAAUAGACUUAUUCAAAUAUCUAACAGCGAUUUGGAGAAGUCAGGCACAAAAGUAACCGAAGACGAACAAUUCGACGAAAACGCCGAAUUGGUUUAUUCUGAAUAUUCUGGUAGAUUCUGGAAAUCUCUCGUAAGUGUCGGCGAUGAAGUCAAGGAGGGUCAAGGUUUAGUUGUGGUUGAAGCCAUGAAAACCGAAAUGAUAGUUAAUGCAACAAGAAGCGGAAAAGUUAUUAAAAUUUUACAUAAAAAUGGUGAUAUGGUUGAUGCGGGUGAUUUAGUUGUUGUUCUCGAAUAA